AUGACGGGGUCCGGCGAAAAGUCCGAAUCCGGCGGCAAUGUCUUUUCGAGUUUUGUGGGCGAUAUGAGGGAGAAGCUUCACGAUUCGAAGCUCCACGACGUCAAAGUGGCCCUCCACCACAAGAGAGCUCAGAUUGGUAAAAUUGGCAAUAUAUUCAAUGCGAAUCAUCGCCACGACGAAGCCCACGAGCAAGAAUGCGAUGAUAAACGAACUGCCACCUGCGAGUCUCACCGCUUCCAGUCCUACUUUCCUGAGCGAGAUGGUAACCUUAUUAAAUGGUAUGUGGACGGGCGUGACUACUUUUGGGCCGUCUCGGUCGCCUUGGAACAAGCUACAGAGUCCAUCUACAUCGCCGAUUGGUGGCUGUCGCCAGAGCUAUUCCUGCGCAGGCCCCCGCACUACAUGCAGGAAUACCGUCUGGACCAGAUACUGAAGCGCAAGGCCGAGGCUGGUGUCAAAAUAUUCGUCAUGGUCUACAAGGAAGUCGAGGCCGCCUUGACUUGCAACUCCAUCCACACCAAGCACGCCCUUCAAGCUUUGUGUCCCGAGGGUAGCCCCGGCCACGGCAACAUUCGCAUCCUGCGCCACCCCGAUCACAAUCCGUUUGAAAAUGUCGCCGAUACAACCAUGUACUGGGCUCAUCACGAGAAGUUCAUCGUCAUCGACUAUGCAAUUGCAUUUAUUGGCGGUCUCGAUCUCUGCUUUGGUCGCUGGGACGCAAACCAUCAUCCGCUCGCUGAUGUCCAUCCCGAAGGUGUGACUGAAGAAAUUUGGCCCGGACAAGACUUCAAUAACAAUCGCGUCAUGGACUUCCAAAAGGUUCAGGACUGGCAGCAAAAUGAGCUAAGCAAGGCAGAGUACGGCCGCAUGCCGUGGCACGACGUCGCCAUGAGCGUCAUUGGCCCAUGCGUGUACGACAUUGCUGAGCAUUUUGUUCUGCGGUGGAACUUUACCAAGCGUGACAAGUACAAGCGCGAUGAGCGUUACGACUGGAUUAUUUUGGAGGGUCGUGAAGGCGAAAACGAAGACAUUGUCGGCGUGCAGCGACCGAAGCAUCCCUGCGGCGACUACGUCAAGCAUCCUCUCACGCCUCUUGCAACCAAGAACCUCGAAAACAGAGGCACUGUUCACGCCCAGCUUGUCCGCUCCAGCGCCGAUUGGUCAAGCGGUAUCUUGACUGAUCACUCUAUCCAGAAUGCCUACAGCGAAAUCAUCCGCAACGCUCAGCAUUAUGUCUACUUGGAGAAUCAAUUCUUCAUUACUGCCACUGGCGAGCAUCAGAGCCCAAUUCACAACACGAUCGGCCGAGCCAUGGUCGACGCUGUACUCAGAGCCGCCAAAGAGCAGCGCAAGUUCCGCAUCAUCAUCUUGAUUCCGGCUAUUCCUGGUUUUGCCGGUGAUCUUCGCGACAAUGCUGCAUCCGGCACUCGAGCAAUUAUGGACUAUCAAUACAAGUCCAUCUGUCGCGGGGAGCACUCAAUCUUUGAGCAGAUCAAGGCGCAGGGUGUUGAUCCCAAACAGUACAUCUUCUUCUUCAAUCUGAGAUCAUACGAUCGCCUCAAUAGGAGCGAGGCACUCGUAGAGGCAGAAAAGAAGUCUGGUGUCAAAUAUCAGGACGUGCAGCGAGCGGAAGCCGAGGAAAUCAUGAAGGAGGGCAUUCAUGGUACCAAUGACCCCAACCACGGUGAGAGAGAUGAGCACAUGGGCACCCUUGAGCAACAGAAAUCCAAGGAAAAGGCGGACGCUUAUGAAGAAGCCAUGGAGGCAAAACGCAAAUUCGAGGCAGCCAUGCCAGAAGAAAAAGACACAAAGCUGCCCUCGCUAGCGCACCAUGCGAUGGCUGGUCAGGGCUCCCUUGCCGAGGAACCUUGGGACGAGGUUGACGACCAGGAGUUGGAAAUUCAAAACUGGAUCCAGGAAGAAUUGUACAUUCACUCGAAACUCCUCAUUGCCGACGACAGGGUUGUCAUUUGCGGCUCCAGCAACCUAAACGAUCGCAGCCAGCUCGGAUAUCAUGACAGCGAGCUGAGUAUCGUCAUGGAGGAUACGCGCCGGAUUCCGAGUACCAUGAACGGCGAGACCUUUGAGGCCGGCUACCACGCCGCUACCCUCCGCCGCUACCUGUGGCGCGAGCACCUGGGCCUGCUCCCCCCUCAAAACUUUGACGCGGGCAAUGACAUCAACGCCCAGCCGCCGAGCGUGCAGCCAGACAAUGAUAUUUACGACAGGGACGAGAGCUACAAGUUUGUCGAGGAUCCGCUGGGCGACGAGCUCUGGGAUAUGUGGACGAGCCGCGCGGAUCGAAAUACGGAAAUCUUUCGUCAUUUGUUUCAUUGCGAUCCGGAUGAUCACAUCAAAACAUUUGAAGACUAUGAUAGAUAUCUGCCGCCGCGCGGCGUCAAGGCCGGCCACAUCUUUGACCAGUUCAUGCCCGCGGCCGACGCGCGGACCAAGCUGGAUGAGAUCAAGGGCCACCUGGUGUGGAUGCCCAUGGAUUUCCUCAAGGAUGCGGAGAUGGCCGAGAGGGGGUUGCAAGUCAAUACCUGGACCGAGAGUGUGUACACGUAG